GUAGUUCCCCCCUCUUUUCGUGCCCCUUGCACGUUCGGUGAUUGUCCCGUCCCAUUCGUCGAAAUAGUUUUCUGUAGCAGAUGACCCCGAUUUUAUGACCAGCCGCGUAAGGCGAGUGACAAGGAGUUUCAGGUUCGAAUCUUGGGCUGAGUCUAGAAACCGAAUCAGGAAGAUAGGAGGGGAACAUCUUAGGAAAUCAAUCUGGCAACUUUUGGGAAACUGAGGGCCAGGUCGUCCUGGAAACAAGACUACGCAGAUGACGAAGAAGAAUGCAGGCCCUGGCGUCGACGGGUUAGCAUGGCUGUUACAUGGAACUCUGUCCUUCGUUUCAUGCUCACGCUUGUUCUUCUGGGAGUCUUUGCUACCGCUUGCUUCACUCUGCCCAUGGAAAAGAUGUUAAAAAACUUUUUGGUUUGGAUUGAUACAAGAUUAGGACAUUGGGGACCUCUUGUUUUGGCAGUGGCUUAUAUUCCAUUGACGGUUCUUGCUGUUCCAGCAUCUAUCCUUACUCUUGGAGGUGGAUACCUGUAUGGACUUACUGUUGGCUUUAUUGCGGAUUCAAUUGGGUCUACAGCUGGUGCAACAGCUGCAUUCAUUGUUGGUAAAACGAUUGGAAGGUCUUAUGUAGUCUCCAAGUUGAAGGACUAUCCUCAGUUUCAAGCUGUUGCUAUAGCAAUUCAACGAUCCGGUUUCAAGAUUGUUCUGCUUCUCAGGCUUGUUCCACUACUUCCAUUUAACAUGCUAAAUUAUCUUCUUUCCGUGACACCUGUCAGUAUAGGAGAAUACAUGCUUGCUUCUUGGAUUGGCAUGAUGCCAAUUACUUUUGCCUUUGUGUAUGUUGGAACAACAAUCAAGGACCUCUCUGAUGUAACUCAUGGUUGGAGUGAAAUUUCAACAACUCGUUGGAUCUUCUUCAUUGUGGGUUUAGCAGCUUCUGUGGGUUUAAUGGUGUUGGUGACAAAAGUGGCAAGGAGAUCUCUCAACAAGGCUCUAGAAGAAAAUAACAGCAAAUUGGAUUACAUAUUGGUACAGCCAGGCUUACCAGUUGUAAAUAAAUCUCACUUGAAUCUUGAACAGUCCUUAAUUAUUAAAGUAGAAACUGGUUUGAACAAUGAUCAAUGCUGAUCCUUAGUCAUUUGAUAUUUUAAGCUCACUUAAUAUUCUUUGGUGUAGAAGGUACGUAAAAAUAAAAUCAUGUUUUCUCGAUCAAUUUGUAAAGUUGUUUAUUAACAUCACGUAAUGGUUUAUAUCACGUAAUGGAAACAUGACAAAUUUUGUUGU